CUGCUUGUGUCACCUUUGAUACAAGCGAAUGACUCCAGUGAUGAGACCUAUAACAUUGGUGGGGUACUGGCCGACUAUAUCAGCAAUAAGACAUUUGUGGAUGUUAUAUCGGAACUAAAUUUCAAUUCCAAAUACAAGACCAGUCGUCGCAUGACCUACUAUGGCAAGACGAUACGCAUGGACAAGAAUCCCAUAAAGACGGUGUUCAAUGUGUGUGACAAGCUGAUCGAUAAGAGGGUCUAUGCCGUUGUCGUAUCACAUGAAUCCACCUCAGGUGACCUAUCACCGGCUGCUGUUAGCUACACCAGUGGUUUCUUUCAAAUACCUGUUAUUGGCAUCUCAUCGCGUGAUGCUGCCUUCUCCGACAAAAAUAUUCAUGUGUCCUUCUUGCGUACCGUACCGCCGUACUAUCAUCAGGCCGAUGUGUGGUUGGAGAUGUUAAAUCAUUUUGGUUAUACGAAGGUAAUUAUUAUCCACAGCUCCGAUACUGAUGGUCGUGCCAUAUUGGGUAGAUUCCAAACAACAUCCCAGACCUAUUAUGAUGACAUUGAUGUAAGGGCCACUGUGGAAAUGAUUGUGGAAUUUGAACCGAAACUGGAUAGUUUUGCGGAACAUUUGAUUGAAAUGAAAACGGCCCAGAGCAGGGUGUAUUUACUAUAUGCCAGUACCGAAGAUGCCCAGGUAAUAUUCCGUGAUGCUGCCACCUAUAACAUGACGGAGGCCGGCCACGUAUGGAUUGUCACCGAACAGGCCUUGAGUGCUCCCAAUACCCCAGAUGGUGUUUUGGGUUUACAGCUGGAACAUGUCAACAAUGAUCAUUCACAUAUUAAGGAUUCUGUGUACGUCUUGGCCUCCGCCAUCAUUGAAAUGCGGCAAAAUGAAACGAUUACCGAGCCACCCAAGAAUUGUGAUGAUUCGGGGGUCAAUUGGGAGUCAGGUAAACGCCUCUUUCAUUAUCUGAAAACCCGAAAUAUUACCGGAGAAACGGGCCAGGUGGCCUUUGAUGAUAAUGGAGAUCGCAUUUAUGCCGGCUAUCAUGUCAUCAAUAUGAGACCCAAACAGAAGAGACAAAUUGUGGGAGAAUUCUACUAUGAUCCGGCCAAGGCCACCAUGCGCUUGCACAUCAACGACAGCCUGAUAAUAUGGCCUGGUAGGCAGCGUAAGAAACCCGAGGGUAUUAUGAUACCCACACAUCUCAAGGUGUUGACCAUUGAAGAGAAACCCUUUGUCUAUGUGAGAAGGCUAACAGAUGAUGAGGUGGCCUGUGUGGAUGAUGAGGUGCCAUGUCCCCUGUUUAAUAAUACCAACGGAGUGGAAAAUGACUAUUGCUGUCGAGGCUAUUGCAUUGAUCUCCUCAAGGCUUUGUCGCAGCGCAUUAAUUUCACCUAUGAACUUGGUCUCUCGCCGGAUGGACAAUUUGGUCAUUAUAUUUUGAAAAAUUCCACCACAGGCACCCUACCCUCCACACCACCCAAAAAAGAAUGGACUGGCUUAAUCGGAGAAUUGGUCAAUGAACGGGCGGACAUGAUUGUUGCACCACUAACCAUUAAUCCAGAGCGUGCCGAAUAUAUUGAAUUUUCAAAACCAUUCAAAUAUCAAGGCAUUACAAUACUCGAAAAGAAACCAUCCCGAUCGAGUACUUUAGUGUCUUUCCUGCAGCCAUUCAGUAACACGCUGUGGAUAUUGGUAGUGGUGUCAGUCCAUGUGGUGGCCUUAGUACUAUAUCUGUUGGAUAGAUUCUCACCAUUUGGCCGCUUUAAGCUUUCUCACGUCGACAGUCACGAAGAGAAAGCCUUAAAUCUCAGUUCGGCCAUAUGGUUUGCCUGGGGUGUUCUACUGAACAGUGGCAUUGGUGAGGGUACACCGCGUAGCUUUUCGGCCCGUGUUCUCGGCAUGGUAUGGGCUGGCUUUGCCAUGAUCAUUGUCGCCUCGUAUACUGCCAACUUGGCUGCCUUCCUCGUGUUGGAACGUCCGAAAACGAAGUUAAGUGGUAUUAAUGAUGCCCGUCUGCGUAAUACUAUGGAGAAUCUGACAUGUGCCACAGUGAAAGGUUCAUCGGUGGAUAUGUAUUUUAGACGUCAGGUGGAAUUGUCGAAUAUGUACCGGACCAUGGAGGCGAAUAAUUAUGACACGGCAGAACAGGCCAUUGAGGAUGUUAAGAAGGGAAAGUUAAUGGCUUUUAUUUGGGACUCCUCCCGGCUGGAAUAUGAAGCCUCCAAGGAUUGUGAAUUGGUCACAGCUGGAGAGUUAUUUGGUCGUAGCGGUUAUGGUAUUGGGCUGCAGAAAGGAUCACCCUGGACUGAUGCGGUUACUCUGACGAUUCUGGAGUUUCAUGAGAGUGGUUUCAUGGAAGCCCUGGACAAAGCCUGGAUAUUCCAUGGCAAUGCCCAGCAAUGUGAGCAGUUUGAAAAGACACCCAACACAUUGGGUCUGAAAAAUAUGGCUGGUGUUUUCAUAUUGGUGGCAGCCGGCGUGGCCAUAGGUGUGGGCCUCAUCAUCAUCGAAGUGAUUUACAAAAAACAUCAGGUGAAGAAACAAAAAAGGAUGGAUAUAGCACGACAUGCAGCGGCCAAGUGGAGGGGUACUAUAGAGAAACGUAAAACCAUACGCACCUCCCUGGCCAUGCAGCGCCAGUAUAAUGUGGGCCUUAAUUCCAACCCAGGCACCAUUAGUUACACUGUCGACAAGCGGCGUUAUCAUCGCCUGGGUGGUGGUUCUCGUGUACCCGAGAAGGCCUGGUUGGGCGAUAAUGAUAUGUUGAGAAAUCGCCGCUAUUUGGAUCCGGCUUUUAAACCCAAACAUUCACCCAAAGUUCAUGGUCCAAUGUUGGGUAAAAUUAAACAUUCCGGAAAUUUAAUGCCACCCAAAUAUUCACCAGGCUAUACCAGUGAUGUUUCACAUUUGGUGGUGUAA